CGGGUACAGUGGCACCUCUUCACCAUGAGUCUUCUGGCGAUUCAGAGUCGCCUGUUGUCCUUGCACACACGCAGCCUCUCACUUGACCAUGGGCGUGUACGACUUGAUCCACAAAUCUUGGAAGACGCUGCGGACAGCAAUCAACGCAUUGCUGCACCUCAACCGUACUUUUGAAGCCCUUGUCGCACGCAUUAACCAUGGCCCUCCUCUUCCAAAUCGCAACCCUAUCAAAUCCUACUGGCUCGAGAACCCACCUUUUCAAGGGCUCGUCGAUGCCCAGUCGAAUGAGCUGCCGACCGAGACCGAUGUGAUUAUCAUCGGAAGCGGCAUCACUGGUGCAGCCGUGGCGCGGAGUCUACUGCAGGAAAGUAAGCGAAAAGGUCGCGAUAUCAAUAUUACCGUCCUCGAAGCUAGAGACAUAUGCAGUGGUGCGACGGGGCGUAAUGGCGGUCACAUCAAGGUUUCGCCGCACGAAUCGUUCGAAGCAUUUGAGAAGAAGUUCGGUACCGAGAGAGCUGUCUCUCUCACGAAGUUUCAGUUGAGACACCUAGAAUGUCUGACAGAGCUUUGUAGGAGUGAGAAUUUUGUCGAGGCAGAGUGUCGCGUUGUUGAGACUGUAGACCUUUUCGUUGAUCAAAAGGCAUUCGACAAAGCCUGUCACACGCUCGGCAGGAUGAAGACACUCUUGCCAGAAUUUGCGAUGCACUCGUACCAGCAGAAAGACGCCCGGGAGAAAUUCGCCGUCAGCGGUCAUGUCGUCGGUGCGCUGUCCUAUCGGGCUGGGGCAAUAUGGCCAUAUCGCUUUGUCACUGCUGUCUGGAACAAGCUUUUGCAGGAGUAUGCCGGUCAAAUAACCAUCGAGACCAAUACUCCGGUCUUAUCUGUCCAACGAGGGCAGUCUUCCGGACGCUCUUACAAGGUAUACACCGAUAGAGGUGUCAUCGUCUGCACCCACGUCGUUCAUGCUACCAACGCCUGGAUGGGUCACCUACUGCCCUCGCUCAAGAGCAAGUCCACAGGCACAAGAGCCCACAUGUCUGCGCAAAACCCUGGAUACCACGGCUAUCAGGGCUUUCAUGGUGACCGCUCAUGGUCGAUUGUCUACGGUGACAACGACUACGACUACAUGACCCAAAGACCGUCUCCCGAUGGUAUGGGGGAUAUCAUGCUUGGUGGUGGCACCUUCCGCUCCAAGGACAACGGGCUCGAUCAGAUAGGUGUGUGGGACGACAGCCAGAUCGAUGCAUUCACAUCAGCACAUCUGGCUGGUAUCCUCCCCAUUAUCUUCUCAAGCAAAACACAGCAGCCAAAUACCCAGAAAUCUGCCAGGUCACUACAACAACACUGGUCCGGCAUCAUUGCAUUGACAGCAGACUCUCUCCCUUUUGUCGGAGAGCUGGACGCAGGUCUCAGUGGCCGUGGCUCCGUGACAGAAGAUGCAUCCGAGUGGAUCUCGGCAGGCUAUAAUGGUCAAGGCAUGGUCUAUGCCUGGCUCUGCGGCACCGCACUCGGCAUCAUAAUCACGGGUUCUGAACACGAGGAUAUUCCUGCCUCACCUGGUUUCCCUGGAGGGGUACUAAGUGAGUGGUUUCCCAAGGAGAUGCUGCUUGAUCGUAAGCGAUAUGACAAGAUCGAUAUCCUUGAUCUUGCUGAUGAGCUUUGAACCAAAACAUCACCAAGUCCCAUUGAUUGUGUUGUUGUCCGUGCUGGUCCAGUGCAAGAACGAGCUAUAACGAUACGUCAUAGAGCAGGCAGAAAAGGACAACGUAAACAUGUUGGCCGCCGGUGUCGCUUGAUCUGCUAGAAGCAACAAGAUAUCGGCAAUGC